CCCUCCAAAUCCAAUCAAUCACACAUUACCUUCCAAGCAAAAGCAAAAAACAUUCAACCUUUUUUUUUCCGGCUACUGUGCAAUUUCAGUGCAAUUCGGCGAUGGAGAUAGCACACGGUCGCGCUUGGGUUGGGCGCUGGUCAGAAGCGUCGGCUUCGCCCCUCUUUACCGCGGCGGCUAUUCCCCUACGACGGCGACGGCUCCUCCACGCGGCGGCGGCUCCUUCUGCCGCUACUCCUGCGUGCGGCGGUCGGAAGGCAAACGGUGGCGGCGAUCUGUACUGGACGGCGGCGGCUUGACGAGGGGAGGCUACGGCGGUUCGCGGAUGACAGCGAACAACCUGCCCAAGCCUCUCACCUUCUUUUGAACCAGCGGCGGAGGGAGAUUGACGGCGGUAGCGGUGACUCAGCGGCUGCUCCUGCGCGGGUGACAGCGGCAGCGGCUCCUUCGCUUGCUGCGGUCCCCCCUGGAACCAGCGACGGCGACACGAUUCGGAUGGCGGCGGUCUGGAUCUGCCCGAUUGAAGGCGGCAGCCGUGAGUCUCAAGGGACUCACUUCCUGCUGCGGCAGUGCUUCGUGGGGAUCGUCGGGGAUGGUGGUGCUCCGGCGGCAGCGGCCCUCACUCCGGCUCCUGCUGCUGCACACAGUUCUUCUCCAAAGAACCCAGGUGACACUCCUCUGAUUAGUUUCUGCUGAUCGGAUUUUCGGUGUCUUAACGAACCAACGCUCCGAUACCACUUGUUGGGAAUAAACGCACGCGGAAACAACACACAAUCACGAAUCAAUUACGAAUCAAUUGCAGAAAAAUAAACGACACAGGAUUUAACGUGGUUCGGCCGCCAACUGCAACCUACGUCCACACGGGGCAACUAGGAGGAUUUUAUUAUUUGUUGUUGCACAACAAUUACAAGCACAUUAGCAUCUCUUAAAUAGAGAUUAGUUAGGGAGACAAUGAUUAAGCCGUAAGCUUCUAGGUAGCUUCCUGCCAAUUUCCUGUUAGCUUCCACCUAGCUUCCUGGCUUCACACUCAACACAAGCACUACAGCUUUUACAUACUCUUACUUAAAUAAUCACUUGUUUAUUCC